UCCAUAGUUUACUAACAUGUGCAAAGUAUCAUAUCUCGCUCUUGGGCUAGUACUUUGUGUGGCGAUUAAUAACGAUGUAUUAGGCAAACGACACGGACAUGCCGUCAAGAAUAACGGGGGCAAGAUUGUGGGUGGGUACAACGACACCAUCCAGAAUGUUCCGUACAUAGUUUACCUGUUGGUGCUGAUGGGGACUGACUACUACCAGUGCGGCGGGUCCAUCAUCAGCUCGAGGUAUAUCCUGACAGCUGCGCAUUGUCUCACUGGAGUAUCAAGAGUGUACGUCAGAGCAGGUAGUGAUGACUCCGAGAGCGGUGGCAAGAUGUCCUCUACCUCCGUCUACAGGCAGCAUCCUCAAUACAACCCGGCGACCAGCGACUAUGACGUGGCCGUCGUCAGGCUGACCAGGCCUCUGACCCUGGACGGAACCACAAUGAAGGCGGUGACGUUACCAGAAGCAGGGCAGGAGGUGCCGGCUGGCACUGAGCUGUUCGUUUCUGGGUGGGGAGAUACUACCGAAAACGGUCAAACCAGCAGAUAUUUGAUGUCGGUGAAGAUACCCACAGUGUCGACAGCUGACUGCCGGCAAGCUUACGGCCAGAACGCAAUCACUGAGAGGAUGAUCUGCGCGGGAGUGCCCGAGGGUGGCAAGGAUUCUUGUCAGGGUGAUUCUGGAGGUCCAGCAGUGAACGACGCAACGGGACUGCAAGUGGGCGUCGUCUCGUUCGGGACAGGCUGCGCCAGACCUGGUAUUCCAGGAGUAUACACGAAUGUCUCUAGCGUGAGAGGCUGGAUCAAGAGAAAUACUGGCGUUUAGAACAAUUUUUACAGCUGGAGUUGUAAGUGUAAAGUUUCAAAAGGUCAAUACAUCCCAAUACAAUUCAAGCAGCCUCA